GAUCAGUAUCGGCGAAACCAGUGCAAGAAAUCGAUUCAGUGCAUCAGAGACUGGGAAGUCCAAGCAACCCUGACCACAGGCUGAUGACAAAGACCUCGGAGAAUCACAAGGAUGAAGCAGUGGCAACCUUCCUGUGCUGGUCCAUAUUCACCACCGCCUUUUGCUGUUUCCCCUUCGGAAUAGCUGCGGUGGUUUACUCACGCAAGGCGAAAGGAGCCCUGGACCAAGGGAACACGGAGGAAGCUAGAUGGGCCUCUGGUGUCACUAAGAGACUAAACAUAGUCGGAUCUGCAUUUGGAAUCAUUAUCAUCACAGCCAUAAUCAUUUAUGUGGCUGUUCACCACCUUCGCGAGAAAGCUCAAAUAUGAAGGAUUUAUACUGAUACUUUAUUUUUGCUAUUCCUUGUUCACAAAUGAUUUUAAUGGGGGGGAAAAUUAUCAUCUAGGCAAUGCUUCAUUACGAAUCAUUUGCAAUAAUCCUCAGCCCUUUGUAUGAUGUGCGGGAUGUGUAUUUCACUCAAUCCAGUUGUAAUGUGGAUGGAUGUUGGCGAUGUGUAACUUCACAAAAUAUACAAUGAUGAUACAAUCUAGCUAAGAAUCCUGGCCUUUUGUUUUGUGAUU